CUGUAGACUAAUAAUAGAUCAUCUUCUGAAGCUUUAUAUAAUGGCUAGUAGCUUACAAGGUCUGCUCAAGUCAACUCCGGUUCCUGGUCUGGAAGGUCGUGAAGCUACAGCUUCAGACUACCUCAACCAAAGUGACCUGAAACAAGUCUACAAAGCCGUGUUCGAGGCUCGGGCAAAGUGGAGAAGGAUUGGCUUGGAAUUGGAGCUAGCUCAUGGAGACCUCGAAGCUAUUGAUUCGCGUUAUCGGAACCCUGCCGAUCAACUGGAGCAAGUCUUGGCUAAAUGGUUGAACAGAGGUGAGGCCACAUGGAGGCAGCUGUCUGAAGCUCUGUACUCUGUGCCUGUUGGAGAAACUGCCUUGGCCAAACAAGUCAGAAUGGAACGUUGCCAACAAGAUGUGCCUGAUCUUGGUGUGACGAGUGAUGGUGCCCAACAAAUGGAGAGUGACAUCAGCUCUAUGGAACUCGAGUAUGCACGGUUAUCGUUGAAUAUAAGAAAGUCACUGAAAAGAAGAGAAAUCUAUCCACAAGAACUGUCUGCAUUUAUACUCAGCUUUCAGAGCAGACGUGGUUCAUUAAAAAGGAACGGAAGUCUCUUUAUUAGUAGCUGUCAACAGGAGCUGAAUACCGCUGAUACAAUAGAUGCUGUGUUUGUGAUUGUAUCACAAUUCUGGUCCUUCUUGGAUUACAACCUUCUUGAAAAUGUUGUUGACGAAUUUGGAGACGAUAGUGACAAGAAGAAGUUUGCUGAUUAUAUUAAAGCCCUCCAAGAUUUCCUGUCUGACUGGAGAGUAGUACCACACAAAAUUAAACGCAGUGAAUGUCCAACAACAGCAGUUAAAUUGUGUUUCAAGCUUGACGGUGAUUCCCUACCAUAUCGAGACAUUAGAGUCUCAAUUGCAAGAAUUUUUAAGGUUCAUGUAUCAAAUGUGCUGAUCGAAUCGAUUGAUAAUGGCUGUACAAAGCUGGUGUUCUUGUUGCCAAGAGAAGCUGUUGUACUCCCUCUCACUGCAGAGCAAAGAAAAGAAAUAGCUGAACUCACUCCGUCUGUACUACACGUUCUGCUACUGGAUAGAUGUGAAGAGCACACUUUAUAUCAGAGUGAUAAGGCACUGGCCACGUCACCUGUUGAUCCCACACACGAGACCACUGGACAGCUUAAACAAAUAAAGAAUGUGAUGGGAUUUGACUGCGAGUUUCUCGAGCCUUCACCUCAAAAUCUACAAAUUGAUUGUCCAGUUUGUCUCCAGACUAUUCGAGAGCCCCACCAGGUCACAUGCUGUGGAAAGAGGUUUUGCAAAGCUUGUAUUCAACGUGUUCAAGACAGUAAAAGUUCUUGUCCAACUUGCAAGGCUACAGCAUUUAAUUGCUUUCUUGAUCAGGGAAUCAAACAAUUGCUCUACAGUAUGAAAGUUCGAUGUAGCUACCAGAAAGACGGGUGUGAGUGGACGGGGGAACUGAGACAGCUUGACAAACACCUCAACACAGAUCCACUGCCAGAGACACACCUCGAUGGAUGUCAGUUUGUCGAGAUCAAUUGCAUCUAUAAUUGCGAGAACCAUCAGCAGCGAAGGUACAUUCAAAACCACCAAACUAAGGAUUGCCCCAAACGACCAUUCGGUUGUGAGCACUGCCAUGAUUACAAGUCUACCUAUGAUGAUGUCACCAACAACCACUGGCCUGUGUGUGGGUCCUUCCCUGUCCCCUGCCCUAACCAGUGUGGUUCAACUAUCCAACGUCCGAAUAUAGACAGCCAUGUUGCCGAUGGAUGCCCCCUGACCACCAUCAACUGUGACUUCCACCACGUAGGCUGUGCUGUGAAACUCCCUCGACAAGACAUGCCAGAACACCUGAGAGAGAACCUACUCACACACAUCUCUCUAUUAGCCACCAAUAAUGCCAAGCAACAAGAACAAAUCGCUAACCAAAACUUUGAUAUUAAAACACAACAACUUCAGAUCAGUGUCCUGGUUGCUGAGAAUGAUGAACUGAGUCGUAGGAACACAAUACUACACGCGAUGAUACAGUCAAAUACUACCAGAAUGGCUAAAUUGGAGCCAUUGCAACAAGCGCUCAAGACUGCUCCCUCUAAUGUUAACCCAAGGCCACUGGGACAGCUGGGUCCCCCAGUCCUCACGAUGUCAAAUUUCGAACAAUACAAAAAAAACAACUAUAGCUGGUGGUCUCCUCCAGUCUACACACACCCUCAGGGCUACAAGAUCUGUCUCAGUGUGAUUGCGAAUGGAACGGCUGCUGGUAAAGGAACACAUGUCUCCCUGGGUGUACAGUUCAUGAGAGGAGAGUUUGAUGAUUCUCUGAAAUGGCCGUUUCGUGGGAUUAUUUCUGUUCGAUUAUUAAAUCAAGUCAAUAGUAAAGAGCACGAAACGUAUUCGAUCACCUACUUAGAAAAUAUGGAUGACUUAUAUUGCAGCCGAGUUACGGAGGGGGAGAGGGGAGGUGGGUGGGGCCCACACAAGUUCAUUGCUCUCUCUAAACUGGAACCCGAGUAUUUACAAAGCAACACAUUGCUGUUUCAGAUAUAUGAAGUGGACAUCAAUGUUAGUUAGGUUAUAAUAAUUAUAGGAAGAUAAACUGUCUCUAUAAAUUUUUUUUUAAUUGUUUCAUGAUAAUGAAUUUUUAAGCACACAAUAAUCAUCAUUAUCAUUGAGUUGAAUCGUCA